CGCGCCGGCGGCCACGCCUAACUAGCCACCGCCUCUGUGCGUCGCCCUCCACGGUUACCCCGGCUCUCCGCCCCUCCUUCUCGCGGCGCUCGAGGGACCAUGGCCGAUCCUCGCGUGAGACAGAUCAAGAUCAAGACCGGCGUGGUGAAGCGGUUGGUCAAAGAAAAAGUGAUGUAUGAAAAAGAGGCAAAACAACAAGAAGAAAAGAUUGAAAAAAUGAGAGCUGAAGAUGGUGAAAAUUAUGACAUUAAAAAGCAGGCAGAGAUCCUACAAGAAUCCCGGAUGAUGAUCCCAGAUUGCCAGCGCAGGUUGGAAGCCGCAUAUUUGGAUCUUCAGCAGAUAUUAGAAAGUGAAAAAGACUUGGAAGAAGCUGAGGAAUAUAAAGAAGCACGUUUAGUACUGGAUUCAGUGAAGUUAGAAGCCUGAAACUUUUCUCGUAUGGGGUGGUUUUUGCAUUAAAUCCUGGGGUCCCUUUUACAAUCCAUUAUUUUUAACCACUGCUGUGUGUUCAAGUAGUAUGAGAAUGUGAUUGUUUUUAUCUGGUUACAUAUAUAUUUCUUUGUCUAAUUUAAUAUGUCAAAUAAAUGAGUUCAUCUAAUAAAA